GUUGUCGCUGACGGUGAUAUAAAGUGCAGAUCAAUAUGAGGAAACUUAUAACCGGCCAUCUUUUCUGACCUUCAAUCGGUGUAGAACCCGUAAGCUGUGAGGGUCGAGCAAUUUGAGUAUAGCCCGUAUUUUGGUUUCAACGCUUGAAAAAGUGGCAACAUGGCAGGGUCCAGCGCGCGAUGCUGAUGACGUCAAGAGGGUGUUGUGAUCGUUUUGGGGCGGUGGGUGAAAUGGAGGGCCAGUGCGGAGCAUUGAAAUGUGGCUCUUGUCAGGACUUGCAUAUUCGGCAACAUCUCAGGCAGCAGCACCUACAUCACUCAAUGCUGAUGCCUCUGUAUCAUGAACAACAGUUUUGGCCGUGCCUUCUACAUCUGUGCAGCUUGGCAUCACUGUCAUAGCAGUCAGACAUGGGUGUGAAGGGUCUUUGGAAGAUCCUGGAGCCAGUGGGCGAGACCUGCCCCCUGUCAGAGCUGGCUGGCCGCUUGGUGGCCGUGGACCUCAGUGGUUGGGUGGUGGAGGCUGAAACCUCAGUGGCCCUCUCCAAAAAUGUCAACCAGCCCUACCUGCGUAACCUGGUGUACCGCACAUCGGCACUGCUUUUGCAGCACACACUGCCUGUCUUUGUGCUGGAUGGCGAGGCACCGGCGCUCAAGCUAGACGAGCUGGAGCGGCGCCAGGGCGGCCAGCGGGCCGGCACUGGACGGCCGCAGCUGCACGCCCGGCUGCGACGCUGCGCGCGCCUGCUCGACACGCUGGGGGUACCGCACCUGACGGCCGAGGGCGAGGCGGAGGCGCUGUGCGCGCGCCUCGACGCCGCCCAGCGCGUCGACGGCGUGGUGACGGACGACGGCGACGCGGCUCUGCAUGGCGCGCGCACCCUCUACUGCCAGUUGAGUGCGAGCCGCACAGGCGGCGAGCUGACGCGCUACAACCUGGAGCGGGUGCGGGCUGAACUGGGCUUGGACGUGCGCCGGCUGCGCCAUCUGGCGCUGCUGCUCGGCUGCGACUACCUGCCCGGCGGGCUGCCGGGCGUCGGCGCGCAGACGGCGCAGCAG